CCCCUUAGCUUAUAUUAUAUUUUCAAUCUAGUCCUGUACUGUACGAAUCAAGAAGUUAUAUAAAGAUGAACAUGUAUAGGGAUCUUAAAAAUACUAUAGUAACAUCAAGCAAAAAUGAUGUUGACUCAGUUGAUUACAAGAAGAACUACAAUUUUAAGCUUCUUAGCUUUGAUUUUGUGUGAAACGUUAUAUGGUUCUGAAAUCCCACAAUCUAGAUCGAGCAAAAGUUACAAAUCAAAGGAAAAAGUUGAUAAAAAGUAUUAUGUAUCUCCUGAUAAGGGCAAUCAAUUCAGAGCCUAUAUCUAUUGCAUUUCUGCGGGUUUAGAACUGGCAACAGUUGAAAGUGAAGAAGAAACAGACAUGUUGAACGAAGUACUGGAAAAAGACGAUUUAAAAGAAGGCUGGAACGAAGGCUAUUGGCUGUCUGGAAGUAGUCUAGCUGAUCCGGAGAAGUUGGAAUAUUACUGGGUCUCCACAGGGCAAAAAGUCAUUUACACCAACUGGGCAAAGAACCAACCUGACAACGCUGGCAAAAAAGAAUUCUGCAUUGGGGUUGGACUAGUUGACAAGAAAAUUGCUUGGAACGACUACGAUCCAGAAACUGAACUCAGAUACAUAUGUCAAACUCGACGACCCUGUUGUUAGUCAACUCAUUAUACAGGGUGUCCCAGAAAUAAGUGCAAGUAUUU